UCAUAUUAACCACACACACCUCCAUUCAACCUUCUUUAUUCACCUUCUCCAGUAUGAAGACCACACUCUUUGUCGCUGGACUAUUGUCUCUAGCUGUUGUUUCGCAGGCAGAGCUCAUGCGCAUCGAUCUCAAGAAAGCCAAGUUGACGCCUGCAGAGCAGAUAGGAGCGUAUGCAGAAGCAGGGUCGUACAUGGCUCAAAAGUACUUUGGAUCGUCAUCCAGACAACGCAAGAUUAUGUCAGACAAAGCUGCUCAAAUCUUUGGCCUCGAUGCUAAUGGGAAACCAACCCAUGGUGUGCCUCUUUCCAACUAUAUGAAUGCACAGUAUUAUGGUGAUGUCACUGUUGGAACGCCUCCUCAGACCUUCUCUGUCGUCUUUGAUACGGGUUCGUCCAAUUUCUGGGUCCCUUCAACGCAUUGCAACUCGAUUGCUUGCCUGUUGCACAAACGUUUCAAUUCUGAAGAAUCCUCGACAUUCCGUCCUAACGGCACCCAAUUCUCAAUCCAGUACGGCUCCGGGUCGUUGGAAGGAAUCAUCAGUAACGAUAAUGUCGGGCUUGGGGGCGUCGUCAUCAAGGCCCAGGACUUUGGAGAGUCUGUCAAGGAGCCCGGCUUGGCCUUUGUUUUUGGUAAAUUUGACGGCAUCUUUGGAUUGGGUUAUAAUACAAUCUCGGUCUUGGGCGUUGUUCCGCCAUUUUAUAGUAUGGUUAGUCAAAAGUUGGUAAGCGAGCCUGUGUUUGGCUUCUAUUUGGGCCAAGCGGAUGGUCCCUUGGGCGGACAGAUGACAUUAGGAGGAGUUGAUUCGAAUCACUUUACCGGAGAGUUGCAGUGGCAUAAUGUCCGUCGUAAGGCUUAUUGGGAGAUUGAUCUGGACAAGGUCAAAUUGGGUGACGAGGAAGUGGAAUUGAAGGCAGGUGCGGUCAUUGAUACAGGCAGUUCGUUGAUUGUGCUACAGACCGCCAUGGCUGAGAUGAUCAACAAGGAGAUUGGAGCAAAGAAGAACUUUGCAGGCCAGUAUGUGGUCGAAUGCUCGACGGUCCCGAACCUUCCAAAUUUCUCAUUCUUCUUUGGGAAAACGGAGUACACACUCAAAGGAGAAGAUUAUGUCUUGAACGCAGGAGGCUCUUGCUUGAGCGGAUUUAUGGGUAUGGAUUUCCCAGAGCAAUUGGGCGAUCUAUGGAUUGUAGGAGAUGUCUUCUUACGCAAGUACUAUAGCGCAUACGAUUUGGGCAACAAUCGCGUUGGCUUUGCUCCUUCCAAAUAGAGGUGCCUUUUUUUCUUCCUCUUCAGUCCCGCUUAAGAAGAAAAGGAAGAGAGAUUAUCUUCAGGUGAAGGUAUCAAUAAAAAAAUAAAUAAAUAAAUCAUAAACAUUACUCACCAUAACAGAGG